ACAGGAAGGAUUCACUUUAUGAAUGAAGAGCUGGAUGUCCAGGCGGAAGUGUUUUCAUAUUCAACGGGAUGAUAUGUUUGAUCUGGUUUGGAUAUAACUCUUGCUCAUGACGAAAUCUUUGGCGUUGUGGGAUAAAAACCGGUUGUGUUUAUACUUCUGAAACCAUGAGAAGAUGAAGCGAUAUGGAGAUGCUACAGCUGUGCAUUACAAGCUAACAGAUGCUAACGUCAACCGCUAGCUGCAACUGUUAUAAGGAAAACAAUGACAGUCACGGGGGGAAAAAUGCUUAAUAGAGGAGAAAGGUGUAAUACAAGUGUAAAAUGUACAUGGGGUCAGUGAGGAUGGUCACUGCUGGCUGAGGUUCACCCACUGACCCAGCAGGUAGCAUCCAGGUUGAAAAGACGCAGCAGCCAUGAAAGGAGAGGGCAGGGCAGAGUGCGGAGGUGAGGCUCUGUUUGAGGACCUGGACUUCCCCUCUGACGACACGUCCCUAUUCUCUGACAGCUCCACGCCCAUCGCCAGGCUGCAGGGAAACAUUACUUGGCGGCGCCCGCAGGAGAUCUGCCAGUCACCAGUUCUCUUCCCUGACAACAUCACCUUGGGUCAUGCUAAACAAGGCUUAUUAGGAGACUGCUGGUUUCUCUGUGCCUGCACCGUCCUGCUCAAGAACAAACAUCUACUGAACAAGGUAUUGCCCCCAGACCAGCCCCAGUGGGGUGACAGCAGGUACAGGGGCUUCUUCCAGUUUCGUUUCUGGCAGCAGGGACACUGGACAGAGGUGACCAUCGAUGACUGCCUGCCCUGUAUCAAUUCCUCUCUCUGCUUCUCAUGCUGCCACUCCCCCACUGCCUUUUGGGUAGCUCUAUUGGAGAAGGCCUACGCCAAGUUUCAUGGCUCAUAUGAGCGACUGUGGGCGGGGCAGGUGUCUGAGGCCCUGGUGGAUUUGACCGGUGGCCUAGCAGAACACUGGAGCUUAGGGGACUUGGGGUCAGAGGAGGAGCAGAGACCAGAGCAGGACAGCGACCAGGUCAGGAGGAGAAGGCUGGACCUGAACCUUCUGUACCCUGUGAAGCAGGAGUGUGCGUUGAGCUGCUCCACUCACAGCAGCCCUGGAGGUGCCAGUGAGCUGGGUCAAUACCAUGCUCUGACUGUCAUGGAGUGGUUGGAUGUGAAGACGCUGUCAGGGAGCGAAGUACGGCUGCUCAGGAUCAGAAACCCCUGGGGAAGAUGCUGCUGGGGAGGGGCCUGGAUAGAGAGUGGUGCAGGUUGGAGCUCUGUCGAACCUGUUUGUGCUUCAGAUCUACAAGCCAGGGCUGCCGAGGGCGAGUUCUGGUUGGAUGAGGCCGAAUUCAUGUCGCAGUUUGAUGAUGUCACAGUGGGAUACCCCAUCAGUGAGGAGGGACACCUAAAGAGCAUCUAUACUGGAAGUCUGCUCAAACACAGCCAUCAGCUGGCUGGCCGGUGGAUAAAAGGGCACUCAGCUGGUGGUAGUCGGAACAGCAGCAGCUACGGUACCAACCCCAAAUUUUGGCUGAAAGUGAGUGAGAGAGGAGAGGUUCUGGUGUCCCUGCUGCAGCAUAGGAAGUGGAGAAACACAGAGAAAUACGCACAAACGCCGCUCGAGGACAACAAGAACACAAAGCACCAGCACUACCAGGCUACUGCUCUACACAUGUGGAAGGUGGAGAAGAAGCGUUUUAAUCUGAGCCGGAUGUUGAACAAACCUCCAUGUGCUUCUACCCACUGCCACGCCUACGAGAGAGAGGUGGUCCUCCACGGGCAGCUGGAGCCCGGAUACUACCUGCUGAUCCCCAGCACCUACCAGCCAGACGCUGAGGUCCGCUUUCUCAUCAGGGUCUUUUCCUCCUCUUCCAUAUCCCUUAGUGCCCUGAAAAGCCCAGCACCUUUACUGCCAUUAACAACAGAUGGGGAGUGGGAGACCAGUUACUUCCGGGGCUCGUGGGUGGAGGGAAGGACGGCCGGAGGAAGCAGGAACUUCCUGUCUCACUGGCAGAACCCCCGCUUCCCUUUUACAGUGUGUGACCACCCAGCGGUGACAUCAGGAGUUAAUGUCAGGAUAACCCUGCAGCAGAACCGCCCUGACACUGAUCUGCACCCUGUUGGCUUUCACAUUUACAAGGUCCCAGAAGGAGCAUCUGCGCAGACGAUCCCCAGGGACGAGGAUCCUGUGGCCAGUUGCGUCCCCCACUGUUACAUGCAGGAUGUCAGUCUGGCCUGUAGUCUUCCUCCUGGAGCUUACACCAUAUUACCGUCCACUUACGAACCUGACUGCUCAGCAAACUUCACCCUCAGCCUGGCUCGCAGAAUACACAGGAAGGUGGUGAAAAGUCAGGAGAGGCUGGGGAGAGCCAUUCAGGAGGUCUCUCACAUCUCUGUGAUGCAAAGCUAGUUCUCUGGGACUGUUGCUGCUCCACUGACGUCGACUCACCUCCCUGUGCCUCUUGGCCCACGAUGAAAGAACCAGCUCUCCCAUACACCCUCACCGUACAGGCUGUGUAUGUGUGUGUGUGUGUGUGUGUGUGUGUGCAUGUAUGUGUACCAUGAGUGGCUGAGAAGGCAGGCAGAUAGAGAGAUUUAGUGGGAAUGUGUGUGUCGGGAAUCCUAGAAAGCCCUUUAUCCUGAACCACUGAGGCUCAGGGCUGAUGGGCAGCAACACACUCAUGGGCGAUUAGGACAUCAGAGGUUGUCGGUGGGCUGGGCUGCUAAUGAAGUAUGACGGGACUGGCUGGUGUAAACAAACAGCAGCCAUUGAAGAGGGCCGCCACUGCUCUUGCUCAUUCACUCACUGGUGCGCCUGCCGGCCCGGAACAAAGGGCCCUCUCAUGAAGGUCCUCACAGAGGCAUAGGGGGCAAGGGGUGAGGGGAUGGUCUCCACCAGCAGAGCCAACCAAACCACACCACACCAUACCAUGCCAUACCAUACCAGAGCUUUUCUCCCAUCCCUCACCCCCAGACAAUCUGCUCCUUAGCUAGCUUGAAUUGUUCGUCUCUGGACACAGACACAGGGUUUUCUCAAUCCUUCAUCCCCUAAACCCGCUCACCAUCCUGACUAACCCUAAAGUCAGGCUGAACCUAAAGAGGUCCUCAAAGUUCCUGACUCUAUCCUCAACCCCAUCACCCCCCACCUCCCUUUUUGUCCCCCUAGACUCGGUCCAGAGCCCUGCUUGGACCUGAACACAACCACCGUUUGAAGGACCGCAAGAACAGAUGACAAGCGGACGGAUGGAGGGGAUGAAACGAGGGGAUGCGGCACAUCAGAGGAAGCCGGUUCAUGUGAAGAAGCCGCCAGCCCUUUUUGUGUUGAGGCUGCUGUAUGUGUGGUGCUGUGGCUGCCUGCUCAUACCCAUGUCUGUGUGUGCAGAAGUCAAAGGGUUUCUGAUUAUUCACUGGAGCCACAGUUAACAGACUUUUAAAAAAGAUUACUGAUUAGAGUGGUACUGGUUUGGGAAUCAGCUGUAUGAGAUGUGUUGAAUAAAAUGUUAAAACAUUA